UGUAUUUUGUAUGAAGUCUGCAUUGCUUUUGUUAAAAAAAGCGGACGACUUGCCAUGAAGUGUUUUGUUCUUCUACAAAAUGUUUUAAUUUAUUAAUUCUGAGUGAAGCUGACUGAAAAUCAGCUACAAUGUCGGCAAACGAACAGCCGGAUCUUUUAUUUUUUGAUACUUUCUCACACGACACCAGUGAGGAGCUUAAUUUAGACUUGGUGCAGUUUCCGAAGUCAGUUUAUGUGAGGGAAAUACGUAUAAUUCCGCUGGGAGCGCGGGUGGAGGGCGAUUUCCCCGGCGGAGUGCGGCUUGGCGCCACCAAUCCUACGAAGUUCCACAUAGAUUUCUUCGUGAAUGACCUGAGUAAGCCUGGAGCGUCCACCUUCGAAGCUCUGGGCAGUCUGGACUACUGCCAGAAUGGACAGAUACAUAUGGAGUGCGGCAGUGGACUGGACCAACCCAGAAUCCCCACUGAUGGUCUUGUCCUUAGAGGAUGGUACACUACAAUAACAUUGGCUGUUUACGGCAACCUGACUCAAGUGCUGCCCGAGACACCAGUGGGAGUCAAUCCUCCUCCCGUGGUGCAAAGACCAGUAGUUGCUCGUGAAGUACCCCCGGCUCCACCACCAGCUGUCCCUCAAAACCCUGAAUGGACCCAAGAACCAUCUGUUCCAAUACCUGCUUAUACUGGUAAUGUAGCCACUCCCAACCCUGAAGCAUACGGGCCCAGCAAUUAUCCUGAGAAUUAUGAUCCUCAGAUGUAUAGGGGUGACUACUACAAUCCCGAGCAACCUAAAGAUCCUCGCACUUACCAGCACAUUGAAGAGAAUACUUGGGAGAAAAGAGAACUUAGCUGUGAGAGAGAUCCAGAGAGGUUGCGUCAUAGCCCGCAUUCUAUUGAUCAUGACAGGGAUAGAGAUAGACGGGAUGUACGUAGUCGCAGGCGCUCUCUUGACAGGGGACACAGUCGGGAGCCAUCCAGGCUUCGAGAUAGGAGCAGGGAGAUCGAUAGAAUGGAUAGACUUAGAUCUCGGUCUAGGAGCCGCGAUAGAGACUACGUAGUUAAGGGAGAGUAUCGUCCCCUCAGCCGCUCUAGAUCACGAAGCAUCGACAGAAUGCGCGCCAUAUCCACCGACCGCGAUCGCGACCGUGACUGGGACAGGGGAACAUACAAGAAGGAUGAUUACCGCAGACAUCGUGAACCAUCUUACGAUAGAUCUCGCGGCGGGUCUUAUGAUAAAGAACCCGGUUCCUACGAUCGUAGAUCUCCUUACGAUAAAAGAGCUCCCUCUUAUGAAAGGAAGAUCCCGUACGAGAAGCGUUUGUCUCCGUACGAAAAGCGAGCUUCGUCAUACGAGAGGCGUGCCCCGUCAUACGAGAAGCAGACUUCGUAUGAUAGGAAGCGCCAUUCGCCCUACACUCGCAUCAGGGGAUCCAGCUACAGCAGUCGGUCUCCAAGUCGCGAUGAUCCCAGGAAGCGACCCAGGACUCCACCAGGCGAAAGUAGCCGACGACCAUUGUCACCUCGAGAAGUGGAAGGGUCAAGUCCUAUCAAUUCUAUCAGAUCGGAGGAAGGUGCAGAGUAUGAUAGAAGUGGCAAGCAAAUCCCAAGAGUUGACUUCUAUCACCAGAGCUAUCGUCAUAAGACUUCAAUUCGCAGUCCUUCUCAAGAAGCCGAAAAUGCGGCAUACGUGGAACAACAACAUUCCAGUUUGGUUACUGUCCAAAUUGUUGACAAUGCCACUGCAAAGCCUAUAGAAUCACCAGUCAGAAACGCGGAGGAAGAUAGAUCUAUGGAUGGUGAACAAUUUGAGCCUAUUCUAUCAGAUGAGGAUAUAUGUGAUGACCUCGAAGGUCCGGCCUAUAUGGAAGUUGAUUACGAUGUCAAUGAUUAUGUUGGCGUUGAUGACAUAAUCAAAUAUUAUAACCCCUUCAAGUGUGACUGGAAUAAAUAUGAAAAUGUAAACAAAGUACAUUUGCUGGGCCCUACAAGGGAAGGCGUUAAGGAUGUACUCAAUGCGACAUUUGACGAACUGUGUGAUGCUAGUCCAGAACUCUUCAAGAUCUCGGAAAUGGCGAAGUCUAACAAGAAACUGGAUCAGAAAUACUUUGCGAACACAUUCGCAGAUAUUGACAACACCGCCAGGGAGGAGUGGGUGCACCAGUGUGAACAGCUAUACGUGUCCAUCACGAACCUUUGUAAAAACACCGACAUUAUACUGAGAAUCUUCAAGAAUCCAAAUCGGAAUGACACGUCCGAUGAAUUUACCGAAAUCUACUACUUAUUGAUAACCUACUGCAAAAUUGGCUUGAACUUCGACUUCGCAUUAGCUCAACAGCAGCCAACCUACAAAAUAAGACACAUGAAGUGUGGCAUACGUCUUGCUGAAGCUCUAAUGGGCCACAGACAUAACGGGGAAGUCAUGAAAAUACUUUUAUCAACUGGUAUUGACAUGCCCAUGUUGCUAUUAGAAAUGUACACCAAAGAAUACAUGGCACUCAGUAUUCGUCUGAUGAUUUUAAAAUCUUUGAACGCUUGCUUAUCUUCGAAGGAAUCUAUAGACCACUUCAUGAAAGAGACAGUGUUCCCUAAGUUUGACAAGACUGACGAUAGGAAGCCGAGGAAUGGCUAUCAGGCUUUGAUAACGAUGAUGCAGACCAACCCUCUGGCGAGAUUGAAGUUCUCCAUCAGUGCACUUAUAAAGAAGUUGAAUAUUUAUGAACUGUUGGGCAAACUGCGUGAUUUGGUCGUGAAUUUCAGUAAAUCUGGAAGUAAUGAUGACGCUGAUCUCUCAGAAGCUGAUGCACACUUUAUAGUAAAUUCUCUUGAAGAGGUUUUGUACAUGUAUCGUUCACAGUGUUUCCAUUUAUCACAGCCGAAGCGAUUCCUACCAGUCUCUGCUCAGUUCGAGAUCAGCAAAGAAUGCUCUAACGAAACUCUUUUGGAAUUCUUCAAUAUUCACCAAAUUCUUGAAGUAUGCUUAUACUUGUUAACAUGCCCUACGACUUGCAAUAAUCUCGUGGUUGUGAGCCCGAUCCACGAUUUGAUCUACGAACUGAUUCACUCGCAAAAUGGUUUAAACUUCUUAUACAAGAAUUUGGAAAUGAGUGGACUGUUGUUUAAAACUUUGACGUUGCCGUACAGCCAGCAGAAUAAUGAGGAGUUCCUUUACCCUCACGAUUUGAGUAACUACAGUGAUCUACAAAUUUUGGGGUUAGAACUGGCAUAUAGAUUGAAGGCUUUGUAUUACUUGCAGUCGAUCUGUGAUCAGCAAGCAGGGAAAGCUGAUGAGAAUGAGCUUAUUGAUAGACUGCAAUCCCUGUACUGUCUCAGUUUCGGUAGCAUUGGGAGAACUGCUGUGCCAGAUGUAAUCGUGAUGGGUGAAAACGCUGAAUGCCUCAUGGAAGUAUUCGAAAAUGACCUGAGAGCAAAGCCCAAGAACGAGUCGCCUUUGAAACAAAAGUCGCCAGCGAAAGGUUAUGCUAUUGAGUUGAUAGUUUCAGCUGUAAGGUUUGCAGCCAAUGUUCCAUUUUUGAAGAAAUAUGGACAAAGACUGAUCAAUGUAUCCAGGGAACAUGACAGGUUUGAGCCUAGCGUAUCCAGUGUGUUACAAGAGGUGAUACCUUAUCUGAAGCCUGUAGAGAAGACGACGGUAUUAUCCGGAGAAGACAUGACCGAGUGUGUAGAAAUACUUAAGGCUAGCUCUGAACAUGCUCCGGAUCUGCCAGGAGAACUGAUGACGUGUUUAAGGAUUUUAAGGCACUACUGCAUAUCGGACUUUGAAAAUAACGUGACGAUCGCUUGUGAGUCGGCGACAGAAGAGUAUGUAGAACUCAAGUAUAAGUAUAAUGUGCUUCAAUUGUUCUCGUUGGAUGGCGUGGCGCAUCUGGCAGGAGUGCUCGACCGAUUGGCCACACAUUUUGACCAGCCAAGCAUGCACACUUCUUUAUUUGCAUCUGUCAAAGGAUUACAACUUGCUCAGCUAUUGCUGCCUUGUUUGAGAUUGCUGGAUGCGAUGUUGGCCAGAGUAGUUCGAUGCCGAGGACCAAGAUUCCGCGACUUGACCGCAGCUCCUGUGUUACUGAAGACAUAUGGAAUUGCAAAAGCUUUCCCAGUAGGCUCGGUAGGCUACAGAACUGCAGCCAAGGCAGCAGAAGCCUCAGUAAGAGCAUUGUUGGCUUACGCACAGCCGAUAGCUGAUGACGCUAACGACGGCGACUCCAUCCGCCGAGGACCUUGGACAUCGCUAUGCUCCGAAGUGAUUUCUUACAUUACUACAGCUCCAUACACCUUCGUUCCUGGACUACUAGUGUUCUCUGAACUGCUGCCUCUGCCGCUACCGAUGCAGACUAAGACUCCUCCAACAGACCGCGAGUUGGCUGAUGCUUCCAAUGAGAGACGCCUGUGGUCGGCACACCUUCACGCGCUUUCCAACGAUUUGACAGAUAUGAUCCAAAUAAUUUGUAUGUCUACGUAUAGGCCUGUUGUUCACAUGCUACGAAGGGUAUGUGUGCAAAUUGCAGACUUGGCUCCAAACACAGCUGCUACAGUCGCCAAGGCUGCUGUGGGGGCGGUCACUCGGGAGUUGAAGCCAGGAGAGGCGGCGACCGCCAGCGUGGCUAGAGUUUUAGGCUUUUUGGCAUGUUUAGUUUCCCACGCGCCUGUCAAAUGCGCUGUGCUACAUUCCAUGAACAGUGGCGGACCCAGAGCUGCCGACGUUCAGACGGCGCUCUGUUCAGUGCUAGGUCUUGCCAACGCGUCUAACGAACACGCUGCAGCGCAAGAAUACGCGGCACAUGCGUUAGCAGCGUUCUGUGACGCUGAGAUCACUUUGACUCCUGUCAGUGGAACAUCAGAUAUUAUAUUAUCAAACUCCUUGCCUAAUAAGGAUGCAUUGGCGGCUUUCUUGGACUCCACAGCCGACUGCCUCGAGUCUACAACUAAAACAUGUUCAGUCGCAUCGUCGAUACUGAGAGCUUACUUCGUACUCACAGAACAUGAGUAUGGAUUCCAGCAGUUCAGGAAAUUCGUGUCAAAGAGGCGGGAGAGUCUUGGGAAGUUCUUCAAAUGGGCUUUGGAAGGUCAGGGGGAAGAUAAGGCGGAAUGCUUGAGUUUGUACAUAGAUCUGAUCAGGAUCCUGAAGAUGGAGGAAGGCGAGGGUCCAGUGGGACGGAAGACCAUGCUCACGGUGGGAGAGAUGGCCGACAUGGUGGGCUUCUCACCUUCUGAUGAAGAGCAUCCUGUCUUGAAGUUGGAUAAGAUUUUGAGACCAAGAGAACAACACAGCAAUUUUAAUCACCGUUUUCAGGAAAGAAACUCUGACGAAGACGCUCUUGCCAACGCCAGCUUUCUGGCCAGUCACCUUCAGAAGCUGAAGGGUCUUGAGGAACCGGCGACUCCGCCUGAGGUCCAAGAGGCGGGGCUGCCUCCGCCGGAGACCCUGGUGGCGCAGUUCCAGGCCAGGACCAUAUAUGCUAUUGGAGAAGCCAGCGAUGAGAGACUGACCUCAAGUUAUUGGCUCAAUGUGCCGGCUGCGGGAGGGGAGGACGAUGUCAAUGAUAGUGAGCUGGUAUCGUGUGACCUGGUGUCGGUGGCGGCGGGCUACGUGUCCGGGGGCGGCGAGGCGCUGUGCGGCGCGGUGCGGCGGCUGGCGGGCUGUCUGCGCCCCAACGACGACAAGCCCAAGGACGACAAGCGACCGCCCGUGGCGCUAACUCGCGUGCGUACAGAGGGCGGCGCGGACGCGUUCCGCUCGCGCCCCCCCAACACGUCGCGCCCCCCCUCGCUGCACGUCGACGACUUCACCGCGCUGCACCAGCCGUAUACUGCAGCACAAGUCACCAGAGGCAUGCGUCGCGGCAUCGCGGUGUCGGACCGCGGGCGCUUCGCGUCGGCCGCGCCCAUGCACGCGCACUACCGACAUCUUCGCGGUCGCGGCGCGUGGGAGAUGGGAGCCUCACACUUCGGGCACUUCCCACCCGCCUCACAGUACAUGAUGGGCGGCAUGGGUUGGGGCGGCGCGACGCGCAUGUCGCGCGGGCCGCGGCACCGCUCGUUCCUGCGGUGACCGCCGCACCACGCCGCGCCGCACUACGCGCCCGCCGCGCCGCAGCACUACGCGCCACCCGCCGCACCGCAGCAUUAUGCGUCACCCGCCGCACAGCACUAUAUACCGCCGGCGACAAACACGAACAUUAUGUGCCCCAGUGGAAAUUAAAAACCAUUUCUUAUCGUAUUGUACUUGUAAUACAUAUUUUAAGAGUUUGAAAUACGCUCUUAAGACUCAUUUUUGUGCUAAGAAUAACUACAUAUUGAUCCACAUAUUAUUAUACUCUGUGAAUUUCUUACAGUUUCCAUAUAAAUGUGUCACUUUUAAUAUUCUGAUAGAACUAAUCAGUAAUUGGUGUUCUUAUUCAUCUCAGGAUUUUAAUAAAUAGACAGUUGGAAUAUAA